ACUGUGGUCCUCCUCAGCAUCACCGCAUCUUCCUCCGUCUGCUCCCCCAACACCGAGCACUGACCCCGUUAGAGACCCUCUGAACCCGGGACAAUGGACGGUGUUCCCCCGAUCGUCGACAUCGCCAUCUCGCUGCGGAUCCAGCCCAACGACGGGCCCGUGUUCUUCAAGGUGGACGGGACCCGCUUCGGCCAGAACCGGACCAUCAAACUGCUGACAGGAUCCAAAUACAAGAUCGAGGUGGUGCUGAAGCCUGGAACCGUCGAGGCCAUCAACAUGAACAUCGGAGGCAUCGUCUUCCCUCUGGAGGAGCAGUCACGGGACGAGGAGUCGGUGGUUUAUCACGGAAAGUACGACACCGAGGGCGUCCCGCACACCAAGAGCGGAGACCGGCAACCCGUGCAAGUCGCUAUGGAGUUUAUCAAAGCCGGGACGUUUGAGACGGUCUGGCAGGCGAAGUACUACAAUUACUACAAGAGGGAGCACUGCCAGUUCGGGAACAAAUUCACCAGCAUCGAUUACGAGUGCAAGCCCAACGAGACGCGGACCCUCAUGUGGAUCAACAAGGAGUCCUUCAACUGAGUCUGCUCAUCCCCCCCACAAACACACAGCCGAGGACCGGACACCUUCCAACAUCAGCUUCACUAAACAAGGACAUGUCAGCGGGGGUAUUUGUGUUGUUGGGACAAGAUAGCUGUUUGCUAUGCUAUUCUUUGAAGGUUGUUUAUGUUGUUUUGAAGCUGCGGCGGUGCUUUUUGGCAGCUUCACAUGCCAGAAACAGGGUAGCUAAUAUUUAAACACCUAUACAGUGACGUACAUUAACUGCACACAGCGGGAUCAUGUCGGCCAACACGGCUGGUUUAUUAUGUUUUAUAUCAAAGAAAGCAGGGAAGGGAAAAACCUAGGGAAAGAUCUUAGCUUACAAAUGCAGUUUCUCUCAUUUAUCUGUGUUUAAUGUUCAAACCAUCGUUUACUCUGUGUGCAAAUACUUCCUUUUAGUAACUAAACAUCAAGAGCAGCGUCACAUGAAAAGUUACACAUAGCGGUAAAGGAACAGUUGGACAUUUUGUGAAAUACGCUUGUUUUCCAUCUCGUUUUAGAAGAUUAAUAGACAUUUAACCUCAGUUAUUCUAAUACAGAGAUAAGUCCAGGAUGUGUUAGCUUAGCGUAGCUAAAAGACUUUAGGCAGGGGAAACCCAUUUCUUACCUCCAUGUUAGAUUAUGUAGGAUUCUAAGGACUUCACUGCAAUGGUUUUUUCCUUACUUGCUUUUCAUGCAUGGUUUUUUUCCAUUUUCCAAUUUUUGCCCUAACCUCUAUUUAAAUUCUUUAGACAACUGUCUCCAUCUUGAACCACCGCUGUUGUCCUGUGGUUGAUUAAACACAGAACCUGUAUCUCUGUACUGGAGGCAUUCAAAUAUGUCAAUCCUCUAAUGUCAUUCUGGAGAAGGAGGGAAGACAACACCUUUUUAUUAUCCCAGAACUGAUCCUUUAAGUGGAAUUAAAUAAGCCUUUCAAUUGUAUGCAAUACCCCCUGAUAACUAAAUAUAUCUCUAGCUGUGAAGGACCUAGUGGAUGGAAGACACCUGUAGGAGAAAUAACUAUUUGAUCUUAUUUAUUAAAUGUGUGGAUGUGUCUGUGAGAAAGAAGAUGUGAUGUAUGUGAGCGUGAACAUCAUUGUAAUAGUUUUGACUUUUCUUAUGUGUUAUUUAUUGUGUUAUUUAAUGGAACAAUCUGUUCAAACAAGGAGGUAGCAUGAAGGGAUGUUUCUUGUUCUUGUAGAUAACUCGACAAUUUCAGACAUGUUCAGAUUUUGCCAGCUGCAGAAAAUGUGAGUUUUGAGGCAGAAAGCAUUUAAAGUAUCUACAACCAAUAAGCAGCAAUCUGUUUCUGGUUGUUAAGACUGAUUUUUAACAACCAUACAGGUACAAAUCCGUCAAGAAUAGGAAAAAUAGACAGAAAAUUAAAGUCAGGUUUUCCAAAAGAAGCUACAUUUCUGUAGGAAUUUGAAAAAACUCACAGACACAAUGAUAUUUAACAGUGUGAGUGGAUGAUGGAGGAUGCUCCCUUUAAAUUAUAAGGCGUUACUCUACAUUUCAACAAAUCCCAUGAAAAGACCAAAACGUAUCCUCUGCUUUCCUGUCAGUCACUCUGAGCUCCAAGCUGAUUGGCUCCUACUGCUCACUUUAGUUAUUAACAAACAAACAAGAGGAAAUGGUGCAUUUAUUGGGGACUACUUUCAGUGGCAGAGGAAUCCACAUUUGGUACUUUAGUGAGUAUUUGUGGCAGCGGAACGGUGUGUGUGUAUUGGCUCAAAAUAAACGACUGUGUGUGUGUGUGUGUGUGUGUGUGUGUGUGUGUGUGUGUGUGUGUGUGUGUGUGUGUGUGUGUGUGUGUGUGUGUGUUCAUAAUAAAGGAACAUGUCACCAGGGCAUCAGAGAGGCUCAUUAAUGUGUGUUAAUAGUUUCUGAACAACAAUGGAGCUCUAUGGCACACAGGAAGAAGAUAUUUCAGGUGUUCGGGUCGUAUUAGAUAAAGGUCUAUUCUUAGGAUUUGUUGACAAAAAUAAAAGUACAAGACUGAAACGUUAAGCCUUCAAACACCUCCGUCUCUCCACCUGAAAGAGGACAAAUUAUUCCGUCUUUUAUUUUCAAGCACGAUGCUUAUUGCAGGCUGCGAGUGCUUCUCUUUCUGAAUCUCAUUGUACCGCCAAGGACUCUCUGUCCUCUGUUCUCUCCUGAAGUGCAUGGCUGGAUUCAUUUCUUUUGCCAAAUAUGAUCUGUUUGUUUUUUGUUAAAACAUCUCAAUGCAUAAACUUUGCUGUUUUGUUAUGUGUUAAAAUGAGGAGUAUAAAGUGUCUUUGUGAAUAAAACAAAAUACUGAAUCAA